AUGAUUUUAAAUCAAAAAAAUUUUUUACCGAUAUAUAAUCUUUCUAAAAUAUUUAUUAAUUCAAUUACACGCAUUGAUAAUGUUCGUUCACCACAGAAAAUUGAUAAUACACUGAAAGCGGUUCAUAACUCAAAACCUUUAUCUAGAUUGAUAACUUCCACAACUACGCCAGAACCAUUAACUUCGCCCCUUCCACCACCUUCGCAUUCACUUCCACCAUCGAAAUAUCCUCCCAAUACCCCAUCAUUCUCGACCACUACAAAAGAAUAUCUAGAUCGUUUACGAGAUCAACUUCAUUAUUAUGCAGUAAUAGAAAUUCGAUCACAAAAAUUCUUGAUAACAAAAAAUGAUUUGGUUAUAGCCCAUAGAUUACGUGAUUUAGAUGUUGGGGAUGAGAUAAAAUUAAAUCGGGUUUUGGAAUUAGGUUCAAAAGAUUACACUAUUAAGGGUAAGCCUCUAGUUUCCGAGGCAUUUUAUAAUAUUAAAGCUACCGUGGUGGAACAACCAAAGGGACCUUUUAUUGAAAUCUUUAAAAAGAAACGAAGGAAUAGGCAUAGAAAAAGAGUAACCCAUAAACAAACUUAUACUGUGUUGAGAAUCUCUGAAGUUGAAGUUAAUAAAUUGAUAUGA